CGAGCAUCGCUACUACCGAGGAGAAGAAGAAGCUUCGAGCGCGGAAAGAAGUUUGAUUUUUUAACAGACUGUCAGGAGUAAAGCUGAACCCGUGCAUGUUGCGGGGCGGUGAAUGUAGCUAGCUGUAGUUUCAGUGUGCUGUUCAGUAUCUCUGGCCUGUGUUGGAGUUUGCUUUAUAAGCUCUCUGAGAUGGUGGGCUGUGUUUUUAGCCUUUUAAGCCUCCACGAGGUCGGAGUGCUGCAGAGCUAGCUGAGCGUUAGCCGGUUAGCGCCUCGGUCCUGCUUGUAUUUUUAAAAAGACUGUUAAGGUAAAACAAGCACAGACCGAAAAUGUCGGGCUUUAACUUUGGAACAAGCACUCUAGGAUCCACAAACACUGGCGGGGGCUUUUCAUUUGGAGCUGCGACCAGUGCCCCUGCUGCAGCCACUGGUGGCUUUGCUUUUGGUGGUCUGGGAGGAGUGACCUCGACUCCUGCUGCUGCUACUACCACCACCACCUCCUCCCUGGGUCUUGGGGGCAGCUUGUUUGCUCAGAAACCAACAAGUGGAUUCUCUUUCAACACACCUGCCUCAGGAGCGACUGCACCAUCUACUGGCCUUACAUUAGGAGCUCCUGCUGCAUCUACUGCCGCUUCCACAGGAUUUAGCUUUGGGUUUGGGAAGCCAGCGGCCACUGCAGCUCCGUUUUCACUGACGACCACCACUGCCGCGGCCCCCCCAGCAGCAACAGGCCUGUCACUGAGUUCCGUCCUCACCUCUUCCACUCCUCAGACCGGCUCCACAGGCUUCUCACUGAACCUGGGAGGAGCGGCACCCGCCUCGUCUGCCCCGGCCACAGGCCUUGGUCUUGGUGCUUCUCUGUUCUCCAGCCCUGCUGCAACAGGCUUAGGGCAGCCUACUCUCGGGCAAUCAACACUUGGGCAGGCAACUCUCGGCCAAUCAACACUUGGGCAGGCUACUCUCGGCCAAUCAACACUUGGGCAACCCACUUUCUUGCAAUCAACUCUUGGACAGUCAACUCUUGGGCAGCCCACUCUCGGUGGAGGAUUGAGUCUAGGUGGCCUGCUCGCGUCCUCUACAGCAACCACUGUUCCUCUCGUCCCUGCCCCCAGUGUGGGUUUGGGUGGAGUGGACUUCAGUACCUCUUCAGAGAACAAGAGUGACAAAUCAUCCAGUGCGAGACCUGAAGACAGCAAAGCUCUCAAAGAUGAGAAUCUUCCAGCUCCCAUCUGUCAAGAUGUGGACAAUUUCCAAAAGUUUGUGAAGGAGCAGAAGCAAGUUCAAGAAGAGAUCAGCAGGAUGUCCUCUAAAGCCAUGGUUAAAGUGCAGGAUGACAUUAAGAGCCUGAAGCAGCUGCUGUCGGUCAGUGCCAGUGGACUGCAGCGAAAUGCCCUCUCCAUAGAAAAACUCAAAAUGGAGACUGCCCAGGAGUUAAAGAAUGCGGAUGUUGCGCUGAGAACUCAGAAGACACCGCCUGGGCUUCAACAUGAGAAUACUGCACCAUCUGAUUAUUUCCGGGGUCUUGUGGAGCAGUUUGAGGUGCAGUUACAGCAGUACCGCCAGCAGAUAGAGGAACUGGAAAAUCAUCUGACCACCCAGGGCAGCAGCGCCCACAUCACCCCUCAAGAUCUGUCCCAGGCAAUGCAGAAGCUUUACCAGACGUUUGUGGCUCUGGCAGCACAACUGCAAGCAGUUCAUGAGAAUGUAAAGACAUUGAAGCAUCAGUAUCUAAACUACAGAAGAGCCUAUCUGGAGGACUCCACAGACGUCUUUGAGCUAAAGCGGACGGCCAGCCGGAAACUGCAGAGCGCCCCGCGAGUGACCACUGGCCCAGCUCCUUUUGGUGCCGUCCCCAACGCUGCAGCCGUUGCCAUGGCUGCCACUCUCACUCAGCAGCAGCAGCCCGCUCCAGGAACACAGGCGCCCCUGGGGGUGGGUUUUGGGACUCCCUUUGCCUUGGGCAUGGGCACUAGUAUGAGUUCUACCAGCCUUGGAGCUUUUGGUAGCGGCCCAGGGUUCGGGGCUGUGGCAACUGGAGGCUCCUCAUUCGGUUUUUCUGCUAGCAAGCCAUCUGGAGGGAGCUUGAGCGCAGGGUUCGGGAGCUCCAGCACCUCAGGCUUCAACUUCAGUAACCCAGGUAUCAAUGCGUCAGCUGGCCUCACCUUUGGGGUGUCCAACACUGCAACACCAGGAUUUGGCGCAGGAGGACCUCUGCUGCAGCUCAAAAAACCUCCUGCAGGAAACAAGAGGGGCAAAAGAUAGAACAGCUAGUGUGUAUGGGGUAAAGGGAAUAGGCAUUUAGGCCAAAAAAAGUCAACGUUAGUCAAAGAUCUCUAUAUUUUUGGUGGGUGUGCUUAAAGGGUUAUUCUCGCACUUUUCAACCAGAUCUCUAUCUGCUGUUUGUGUAUCAUACCUCUGAAUACCACAGACCGUUCCUGUUAACUGAUAUUCGCCAGUGGGCACUUACAUCAUUUCUUGUUGCUUCACUUUAAAACUGUUUUUUUUUUUUGUCAACCGGAUUUCUCUUUCUACUUUUACAGAAAGUACAGGAAAAUGUGUUGAAAUGUUUUGUGGUAAUAGAGUGUGCUGGACAUUUGAUAGAUUGAGGUCAGGUUGAAAACCCUAAAGUACUCCUUUAAAGGUCAUUUGAAGAUGUUUUUUCACCAGUCAAACUGUCAUGUACUUUAUUAUUAUGUUUGAUGUAUUUCUUGCUCUGAUUCUAUGACGCUACGCUAGUGUGAGCCUGCCGACAUUGGAGUACUGACAUGACUAUGAAUUUACAACCCACCACAGCUGAUGGAAUGACGGGACAUUUGAAGAAACCUCAGUAUGAAGCUGUUUGGUUUUGAGAAUAUUCAUGAUCUCAGCCCUUCUGUGUUUGUCACUUUAUUUGCCUCUGUGUGCUCUGUGACUGUAUAUUUGUCGGUCCAUCUAGCAUGUGAGCUAUUCUCUCCACUGUCAGUUUGAGAUCAUGACCUCCUGUGUACUUACUUUCUGUUUGAACUGUACCAAUAGGUGGUGGCAUAAGGUCCGAAAGCUGUGUAGUAUAUGUGCCCCAUUUGAUGUUUUGUUUUGUCAGUUGUACUGUCAUUACCAAAUAUUGAAAUCUUUUCUAGAAUAUAUGUGCAAACUGGUAUUUUUUUGACUUGCGAGAGGUUUAUUAAUAAACGAAAUGAUUUCUUCA